UCUCUCUCUCUCUCUCUCUGCUGAGCAGCGUUACGCAGUUGUCCAGUGCGUCUCCUCGGCAAGUGCGCACCAACUCUGGGAAGCCGAGAUCUCAAGGACUUUUUCACAGGAAUAAAAUCGCCAUCGGCUGGACGUAAAGAGGAGGAGCAGCGGACUACAGCACACAACCUGUCAGAGUUGACCAGGGAAGCGGGGUAGUCUCCCCACGGCCUGAGCCAUGAGUCGCAGCAUCGUGCGGCAGAGCAAGUUCCGCCACGUCUUUGGCCAGACGGUCAAGGCGGAGCAGGGUUACGAUGACAUCCGCGUUUCCAAGGUGACGUGGGACAGCUCGUUCUGCGCGGUCAACCCAAAGUUCCUGGCCGUCAUCGUCGAGUCCAGCGGCGGCGGCGCAUUCCUGGUCCUGCCACUCUUCAAGACAGGUCGUGUGGAUAAGAACUACCCACUGGUCGUGGGUCACUCAGGGCCCGUCCUCGACAUCGACUGGUGCCCACACGAUGACAACAUUCUGGCCAGCUGUUCGGAGGAUUGCACUGUCAUGGUUUGGCAGAUACCAGACCACGCACUGAUCCGCCCCCUCUCAGACCCCGUCGUGGUCCUGGAGGGACACUCCAAACGUGUUGGCAUCGUCACCUGGCACCCCACCGCACGCAACAUACUCCUCACUGCGGGCAGUGAUAACCUGGUAAUCAUCUGGAAUGUGGGAACAGGUGAGCCACUCAUCUCCAUGGACGAUCACCCAGACCUCAUCUACAGCAUCAGCUGGAAUCGAAACGGCAGCUUGUUCUGCACCACCUGUAAAGACCGACGGCUCCGUAUCUGUGACCCCCGCAAGAGGGAGGUCGUUGCGGAACGUCUGGCGCCACAUGAGGGGAUCCGGCCAAUGAGAGCCAUCUUCACCAGAGACGGGAACAUCUUCACCACAGGAUUCACCAGAAUGAGUCAGAGAGAGCUCGGACUGUGGGACCCGACAAACUUUGAGGACCCGAUUGCACUGUUGGAGCUGGACACGAGUAAUGGCGUGUUGUUACCAUAUUACGACGCAGACGCAAACAUGGUCUACCUCUGUGGAAAGGGGGACAGCAGUAUCCGUUACUUUGAGAUCACAGAGGAGCCGCCGUACGUCCACUACCUGAGCACGUUCAGCAGUAAGGAGCCUCAGAGAGGGAUGGGCUUCAUGCCCAAGAGAGGUGUGGAUGUCACCAAAUGUGAGAUUGCCAGGUUAUACAAGCUCCUAGACAAGAAGUGCGAGCCCAUCACAAUGACGGUGCCCAGAAAGUCGGACCUCUUCCAGGACGACCUGUACCCAGACACCGCGGGGCCUGAGCCCGCCAUAGAGGCUGAGGAGUGGCUGGACGGCCGCGACGAGGAUCCAAUUCUGAUGUCCAUGAGGGAGGCCUACUUGCCACCCAAGAGUCGAGAGCUCAAAGCGGCAAAGAAGAAUGUGCUGGACUCCAGACCCACCACCCGGCGCAGCAUGUCCACGCUGGAGACCAACAGUCUGCCACCUGAGUUGCUUGAGAGGUUAUUGGAGGAGAUUCAGAAUCUGAAGGCCACAGUUUUGUCUCAGGAGAAGAGAAUCUGUGACUUGGAGAAUAAGCUUUCUCAGUACACAAAUGGCACUGCCUGACGUGCACCUCCAAAGGCACCUUUAAAGAACUUUUCUUUAAAAACACACUUCCCUUGCAGUGACGGGGGAAACGCUCCCUUAAACACUCUCUAACAGUGUUGUUUCAUUAAAGGUACCAUUGUGUGAGAGCAGGAAUGUGGACAACGUGAAAGAAUAUGGUCUUCCCAACACAUUUGGACAAAAAAUACAUCCAUUAUCUACUGUAGUAUAAUUGUUUUUAUCACCAAUUCAGUAUAAUCUACAUUCCAGUUGCAACAUAAUGUACCUUUAAUGCCUUGGCAAUAAAAAAAAAACCCAUUUGAUUAUAUUUACACAAUUUCAACAUAUUUGAAAAGAGCAAGAGGAGUGGGAGGGAAACAUUUAAGUACAAGAGGGAAACAUGCAGGUAGUGAUAAAGGUUUGAAGUAAGAAGUCGAUGAAGCAUCAAAAAAAAAUGAUUUUGGAAUUUCUUUAGUGUUUAAUGAUUUGCAUUUUUCAAACUCACCACUGAACACAUACAGAACAUUUUACAUGAUUUAAAUAAGCCCCCUUUUUGGACAUUUUUACAAAAUGUAAAUAGCGAUAAAAGAAAACCAACCAGAGAAAUUGUGUUGAACUUGUAGCAAAAAUGUGAAACGCAAUCCUUUUUUUUUCUUCUUCUUCUUUUCUGUAAAGGAUUCCGCAUUAGACACAUCAUAACGACAAUAAAAAAAAGUGUUUUUUUGUG